AUCUGAGUUGGUUUCCCACCGGCCUCCUUUUGGUACAGCACAGGCAAUCGAAGGGGUGAGAGGUCAUAAAGAUGGCGCUGGCUGCACGUCUGCUACCUCGCUUGCUGCUUUCUAGGUCUCCUAGCCGCGGAGCCACCAGACUCCGGCCUCCAGGUGCAGCUGAAUUGAGGCUGCCCCUGGCCGGACUUUGCUGCUUUUGCAGCCUCCGCUUCGGCUCGGGAGUGGCGGCAUUUUCCCGUUGCACUUGGGCCCGGGAGGCCUCGGCGCCUCCUGCUCCGGCGCCCCGGCGGCCCCUUCUCAGCUCUGCAGGACGGUUCCCCGCAGCCCUCGCUUCCUUUCCCCCCUGCGCUCUGCGCAGCUACAGCACUGAGGAGCAGCCUCAGCCACGCCAGAAAACCAAGAUGAUCAUCCUAGGAUUCUCCAACCCGAUCAACUGGGUUCGGACUCGAAUUUACUCCUUCCUUAUCUGGGCCUAUUUCGACAAAGAGUUCAGCAUCGCAGAGUUCUCUGAGGGGGCGAAGCAGGCAUUUGCUCAUGUAUCCAAAUUGCUGUCGCAGUGUAAAUUUGAUCUUUUGGAAGAACUUGUGGCCAAAGAGGUGCUACAUAUAUUGAGAGAAAAGAUUACUUCACUACCUGACAAUCAUAAAAAUGCCCUUGCUGCUGACAUAGAUGAAAUUGUAUAUACAUCAACAGGAGACAUCUCCAUUUACUAUGAUGAGAAAGGAAGGAAGUUUGUUAACAUCCUGAUGUGCUUUUGGUAUCUAACCAGUGCCAACAUCCCCAGUGAAACUUUACGUGGAGCUAGUGUGUUCCAGGUUAAGUUGGGGGAUCAGAACGUGGAAACUAAACAACUUCUUAGUGCAAGCUAUGAAUUUCAGAGGGAGUUUACACAAGGAGUAAAGCCCGACUGGAACAUUACACGGAUUGAACACUCAAAGUUAUUGGAAUAAUGUUUCUUGAAAAAAUCAGCUUAUGGACUGUUAGUAAUUGCUGUGAAAAACUAAGGAAGAAAACUUUUUGGAUCAUUUGAUCUUCACUUAAUCAAGUCUGUGGGUUACUUUUAUAUUAUUUUGAAAUAUUCCUUGAAUUAUAUUGGCAUGAUACAUUAAAGCAUUUUCCACAGAUUGUUAUCACUGUCUUUAAAAGAGGCCAAAUUAAAAAAAAAGGUACAACAAUAACACAUUAUUAGUGUCAUAUUCAGUAUCAUUUCCAAUGUUAAAUAUAUGUAUAUCUAUUCACACACACUAGACACAAGCUAUAAUUUAUAGACAUAAUAGAGUAGGUAUUUAUAAAAAGACUAUAGGGGCCAGUAGAUGGCAUAAUUGGUUAAGGUACUGGAUGGACUCCCAUGUGGCUGACUGU